AUGCAAACCUUCUCAGCUGUCCUCCUUGCUUUGGGUCUCUUCUCCGGAGCCUCGGCUCAACUCGCCGCCUGGCCAUCUCAGAGCUACUCUCCAUACUAUCAAGCCCUGUUCGGAGCCGCCAGCACCCCAGUCCUCUCUGCUCCAGUCAUGAAGACCGCACCAUCCGCCAUCCCACUCGCUGCUCCAGCCUUUGCUCCAGCAUUCGCUCCAGCCUUCGCUCCAGCUCCAGUCUUUGCCGCUCCACCAGUCUACGCCGCUCCACCACCACCACCAGUCUUCGCCGCCCCACCAGCACCAGUCUUCGCCGCUCCAGCUGCUCCAGUGCUCCGCGGACCAGCCUACGCCUACGCUCCAUCUCCAGUGCUCUCCCAGGUUGGAGUCGCCCCAGCUCCAGUGUUCGCUGCUCCAGCGUUGGCUCCAGUCGCCCCAGUCCUCGCCGCCCCAAGAUUCGUCCCAGCAUACGCUCCAUUCGCCAGAGCCGCCAUGUUCAUCGGAUCCAACAAGGCUAAGACCGCCUAA